UUGGCGGCGGGUGGCGGAGCGGCGGGCGGGCGCGGAGGAGGAGGAGGAGGAGGCGGCGGCGCGGGGAUAUGGCCGAGGUACCGCCGGGGCCUAGCAGCGUCCUCUCCCCGCAGGGGGACACGCUCUCCCCCUUCCCCGGAGGAGGAGGAGGAGGGGGGGCUGCUUCCUCCUGCUCCUCCUCUUCCACCUCCUCUGCUGCCGCCGCCGCCGCCUGCACCGGGGCCCAGGACGAGGAGGCCGAAGAGGAGGAGGAAGAGGAGGGACCCGCGGGUGGACAGGAACAGCAGCAGCGAGGAGGAGGAGGCAGCGACGGCGGCAAGGGGGGGCCGCAGCAGCAGCAGCACCGCCUCCACCACCACCACCACCAUCCCCCGCACCACAACCACCAGCUCAACGGCCUCAUCAGCCCCGAGCUGCGGCACCUGCGGGCCUCCCUCAAGAGCAAGAUCCUCAGCUCGGAGGCUGGGGCAGCCCCCGAAGUGCUGGAGAACAAGCGAGCCAGUAAAACAAUGGGCUCCGGACAGCAGCAGCAGCAGUCGUCGCCCCCGGCCGCAGCACCGUGCUCAUCCCCGCUUACCAACCACCUCCCUCCCCAGGGAAGGACUGCACCCUCUCCUCCUCCUUCUCCCCCAGCAGCAGCAACAGGGGACAGGAGCCAGCCUGCUGCUACAGCUACGACUGCUGCUAAGACUGCAGCCCGGAAUGGACUGGCAGGAGGGACUGGCUUGGAGGAGGAAGAGCAGGAGGAGGGGGAUGAAGGAGGGGAGGAGGAGGAGUCACUGCUGCUACUCUCCAGGUCCUUAGCAGCUUGCAGUUUGAAAGGCUCGGGAACGGACUCUCAGCCCGAGGAGGACCUAACGAUACGAUACGUCCGCUAUGAGUCAGAGCUGCAGAUGCCCGAUAUCAUGAGACUGAUCACCAAAGAUCUGUCUGAACCCUACUCCAUUUACACAUAUAGGUAUUUUAUCCACAACUGGCCACAACUUUGCUUUUUGGCCAUGGUAGGUGAGGAGUGUGUAGGUGCCAUCGUCUGCAAGCUGGAUAUGCACAAAAAGAUGUUCCGCAGAGGUUAUAUAGCCAUGUUAGCAGUGGAUUCCAAAUACAGAAGAAAAGGAAUUGGUACAAACUUGGUUAAGAAAGCUAUUUAUGCUAUGGUUGAAGGAGAUUGUGAUGAGGUUGUAUUGGAAACAGAAAUCACAAAUAAGUCUGCUUUGAAACUUUAUGAAAACCUUGGGUUUGUGCGAGACAAGAGGCUGUUCAGAUACUAUUUAAAUGGAGUUGAUGCACUGCGUCUGAAACUAUGGCUGCGUUAAGAGGAACCAUCCCAUCCAGCAACUGACGUCCCAGCAACGCAGAGUUGUCCUUUGCGUGCAAUGCAAUUUGUCCAGAAUUGCUUUUGCAGGUGGACUUGGGUCAUUUCCAUGCAGCUCUUUCUGUCAGUGUCUCAUUGAGUGUCGCACACGUUUGUUGCACUUUGGCAUGGCGCGUUUGUUUGAGAAUUAAAGCCGGUUGUUGCAAACUUCGAGUCGUUUUGGUACCAGGAGGAUGUGCCAGUUGAUAGCCAAGAUAUUGUUCAUUCAUUUGCAAGUCUACUGACUGUAUCACAUACACAGUGAACAUUUUAUCAAAGAACCUGUCUGUGGAACAAUGCUUUUGGUUCCAGGAAAAACAACAACAACAACAGAAGCCAAUGUAGAUUGUAAAAUUCUAUAAGUAUACUAACAUUUCAUACAAAAAUUGCCAUAGUUUUCUGGAAAAAAAAAACCACAAAAAAAAAAAAAAAGAGGCUUCAAUUUUAGGUUUUAUUUUUCAAUAUUGAAUUUUUCCAUUCUUAAAUAUUGGUACCUCAGUGAUUAGUGAAUGAAAAAAUGUAUUGUAGGGUGGGGUGUGUGUUACAAUGAGUAACAGUAACAGUUAAAUUGCGUCUGCCAGUGCCUGUAUAGAUAAGUAUAUUUGUCUUCACCUCUAAGUUGGGAGUGCAUGCUUUUAUUCUUUUACUUUCUUCAAUUGUCUUUGCAAGAAAAUUUUUGCUUUUAUUUAAAUUCUGGAUUUGAUAAUAAAUUAUUUCAGAUUUUUAUCAUUUGGAUACUUCUCCCAAGCGAGGGUUUGGAAGGCCCUUCUUUUCUUAGAGCAAGAAGUGUAAGCUAUUUUGGAAACCUUGAGUAGCUGCUAAAAGAGAACCUGAUGUCACCAGUAAAUCUCUGCUGGUUUUGGAUGCACUUUUUUUCAUUAAAAGAGUGAGGGACUUUUAAAAGAAGAUGUAGGCAAUUAGUGUAAAUUGGUAUGAUUUUUAUUUAAUCAAAAUUAUUGCUAGAAGCUCUGAAAAAAAACAGCUAUUUAAAGAUAGUUGGAACAAUUUUUCAGAUUCAGAUUGCUUUGCUUCAGUGUUCUAAAAUGCAUCAAUCUUUGGUUCUUGGUCUUGGAAAUAAAUUUCAAGGUGUAUUGUAUCCAUUUUUAGCUGCUCUCAUUUUCUCUAAACUUACAUGAGCUAAAUUACUGGGGGAUUUUUUUUUCCCCUCUAAAAUCAAAGCAGUGGGGAAGGACUUUUCUCUCUCUUUCUUGCAUUUGCUCUUGCUCUGUUUCUCUUUUUUUUUUUUUUGUCCUUUCUUUAAUUGGGCUUACAUAAGUUUUUACCAGUACCCAUCCAUUUUUUCAGUAAUGACAGUGUCUAGGCUUUCUCGUUUCGUGUGAUUCUAUAGCCCAGUUCUAUGAAUCAGUUGGGUUUGUUUCCUUUUUUUCAAUUUGGGAAAUAAAAAGGUAUUAGUUGACUUGUGGCAGCACCUCUGUAAUCUGUGAAAAGGACAAACUCAGUGAAUCUGCUCUUCUGUAGUUGAGCAUACUCUUCAGAUUUGCCUUACUAUACUUUUUUUUUUUUUUAGGGUUUGGUUUGAGUCAUGGCUUUUGUUUUUUGUUGGGUUUUUGUUUUGUUGGUUCUUGUUUUGCUAAUCACUGUACAUUCAAAACCAAACCCAACAAAACCCCUACAUCCAGUAACAUUUGGAAAAGAGUCCCUGUGCAAACUGGAUUUCAAGGAAAGCCUUAUUUUGCACAGAUCAAUCACACGUGGUGAUGAACGUUUCUUACUGUGUACAAAUUAUGGGUUGUGUUUGAAGAAUAAAGGUUUUUACUGUAGAUUGGCCCUGCUGAGUUUUCUGCCUGUAGACACCAUUUGUGCUUUUGAGGGGCUUUGUCCCCCUCAGUAAAGAAAACUCACUUUAAAAAUGGUGCCCGAGGCUGUUACUCACAGAACCUGUUGGAGUUCAGCGUAGAGCCUGAACGUUGCCACCACUGCCUUGUGAUGUGUCUAAACCUUUUUGUUACCCUGAUCCCUCAGGUUUGCCACUUUUUCUGGGCAGCUUUUCAGGAGGUUUCAUUCAGAAUUAAGGCUUAAAUGUUGGGAAUGUUAAAUAAAUCGAAACAGAUUUUUCUCACCCACAUUCCGGUGGUCCAGGACGUAGUGACUGCUCUGGCUUGCUUGAACUAAGGGGGCAGAUCAGGGAGGUUCUGUACCUUGUUAGCAGCUGUCAAACUUGUAUCACAAACUGCAAACUAGGCUAUCUUGUGUGUCUGCUGAUCUUUAAAAACUGAAAAGCCAGACAGGCAAGUUUUCUGUUGGUUAAUAUUUAAGCUGUGGGUGUCUUCGGAUUCAGAAGCCGACUUAGAAAUUAGCCGAGAUCGCUUUUCACAAAGGCACUGCCAAAAUCAUCACUUGUGAGCAAACUUCAAAUACAAUUCUGUUUGUUUAUUGUAAGAAGUUGACGUUGCCAUGCAGGUUUUGAAGAUGCUGAGCAAAAUAGGUGCAUGUUUUUUUGGAAGAGGUUUUGAUAUUGCUGCUGUGUAACACAGUUCGCUGCAGGAGAUGCUGAAGCUGUAUGUGUUGGUCCAUAACGAAAGGAAACAGAUUUGUUCUCUGUGUUGCUUGGGAUUUGAGUAUCAAAUGGGCAGUCACAAAUUUGCAAAGGGAUGAAAAUAGGUUUUUCAAAAGAAAUCGAGCCAUGAAAAGUUGGUUGUUUCUCAUGUCUGUUGCUAAAACACAGUCCUCUUUCCCCUUUACCUUUUGCAUUGACAAAUCUAAGGAGAUGAUCACUUCUGUGUUUAAAUUUGCCCAAGUGUUGCCAUUGGCUGACGUGUCAGUAUGGAUGUUUGCAUUAUAUUGUUUUUUUAUUUUAAGAAAUGAUCAGGUUUAUCACCUUCCAGAGAAGUAGGCAUAGUCUGGUGGGCAUUGCAUAGUGCACCACACACUGUUUUUCAGGGCACUGCAAGACAUUGCUGAAACUGAGUGCUGUUGUUAAAAAAGAAAUGUCAGGUUCUUGUAUAAACAUUGCAACCUGUAUUGGAGUUCAGGUAUCAGGUGGGCAUCUAUGAAAAUAUCAAGUGUAUCUCAAAAUACUGGACUGCUGUUUUGAGUGGAUUAUAUUCUUCUGUCCCUUUAUCCUUUUUGAUGAGAACAAAAGCAGUGGGGUUAUGAAAUGUACAAGCUGUCUAAAUACAAUGCAGUCAAAUAAAUGGUUAAGUUGUUUAUUUCCUUUUGAA